UUGCUGAAGUUCUCAUUGGAAUCAGUACUACUGACGCCCUCUAGUGACCUAGAUCUGGGUUGUAUGUACAAGUCUGGAGAGAAGCAGCACCGGACUCCAGCAUCUAUCUCUAACGAUCGGCAUGUAACUUGUCCACUCCCUGAGAUGGAUAAAAUUUCUCAGAUUUCCAAGGGUAAGGAUCAUGAGCAAGUCUCUGUACAUUUCCAUGUCAAAGGGAGGUCAAUUGUUACAAGAAGUGUUUCUGUCUAUGACUGCAAUGUUCACACUUCAUGUGAAAGCUGUGCACGCAGCACUUUUGGCUGCAAAUGGUGCUAUGUUCGUGGGAAAUGUCUGGAGCCACGUGCUGGUUGUACAAAUCUUGAUGGAAAAACAUCAUCAUGGAUAGAUAUGGCUGAUAGUUGCCCAAAAAUCUGGACACAGUCAAAAGAUUCUGGCAUUCUUGUCCAUUCAGGUCAACAGAAGCAAAUCGCUGUACGGGUAAUUAAUCUACAGCCUGACCAAACAACAAAUGUGAAGUGCACGUUUGCCCACUCUGGACACAGCCAAAUUGUGAAUGCAACAAUCACAUCCUCUAGUUUGACUUGUGAUGCUCUCAUGUUUAACUUUGACGAAGAAAGCCCAUAUGCUGUUGCUGAUUUUAAAGUGACAUGGGGUCCAUUGAAUCUACCAUUGGAUAACCCAAGUUUAAUACAAGUGCGGGUCUACAAAUGCCAGCACAUGGUCAGCUAUUGUGGUCAGUGUCUGUCCAUGGAUGCGGAGUAUGAGUGCGGCUGGUGUGAGCAGUCUUGUACUGACCCCACACAUUGUGAGGGCAGGUGUACUUUACAGAAACACUGUGCAGGCAACUGGCUGGAUCGUGCGGUCACAUGCCCGAAUCCACAAAUCACAAGGUUUAAUCCAACAACGGGUCCAAUCAAAGGUGCCACCUUAGUAACUGUCACGGGCAUAAACCUGGGAAAGUCUUACACAGACAUCAAUGCAGAAGUAGCUGGGAAACCAUGUGGCGUCAAACCAGACCAUUACCAAGCUGCAACAAGGUUUGUCUGCGAAGUUGGGCAAAUGGAUAUUGAGUCUUCAGGAAUUAUCUCAGUGACGGUUGACAGACAAUACACAGCCAAGUCUGACUCCGAGUUUGUUUUUGUGGAUCCGAUCGUGACUGCUUUAACUCCUAAAGCCGGUCCCAAGUCAGGAGGAAUAACUCUCACUAUAACUGGUGACCAUCUGGAUACAGGAAGUGACAUCAGUGUCAAGAUGGAAGGCGGCAUGUGUGAAAUCUUAAAACAAAACAAAACAGCCUUGGAAUGUCGAACCCCAGCCCAGCCCAGCAAAAACACAGAUGUGAGAGUUGAGGUCAGUUUUGGAGGUUACAGGAAGGAAGUGCCAGAAAUGUUUUCAUACAAACCAGAUCCUACGGUGUCCAUGAUUGAGCCUUUGAAGACAAUAAUGAG